AUGGGGGCACCAUCUUCUCAGCAUCGUCUUAGAGACUCCAAGUCUCUUGAUAACUGUAUUCAGAAGACUCUCUCAUCACUCUACCCUCCAUUUGAGGUCACCACUACCACGGUGCUGUGUCAGGUCCUGGAUGGUGGAGACGGGCUUAGUUACCUUAUUGAUUUUCUCAUCCCCGCCAAGCGCAUCCUACAAGAUCUGCAGCAGGAAGCCUGUUUGCAGUACUGUGGGCUGUUGUUCCGACAUGCUGGUUGGCCUCUCUGCAUUAAUGAAAAGGUUGUCCUGCAAUUGGCGUCUAUAGAUUGGAGACUACUCGAGCCCGGAGAUUUUUACUUCCAGGUGGUGCCGUAUUUAAGGAAGACACCAAGAAUAGUCUUAAAAUGUCUGGCUCAUGAUCUACCUAACAUUGAGGAACUGGUGGUUCCAGAGGUGUCCUAUACCUCUAUCUUUACUCUGGAAUGGCUAGAAUUCAUAAAUUUGAGAUGGAUUUGAACUUCUUUAGAGAAUUGCCUUUUGACGUCUGAUAACCAUCUGUUCAGGGUGCCCUGGGAUAGGGUUGUGAAUCCAGAAUUUGUAGGGAAGCUUCCAACACUUGAACAGGACUCUGAAGUGUCAACUCCUGGGAGCAACAAAAGACAACAGCUCCAUAUGGAGGAUUCGAUUAUCCAGCGAAAAGAAGAUAAGAGUCAAAUAGCUUCUGCCAGUAGUGAUUUCCAGGCUCCAGAACAUAUAACUUUGGAAGUGAAAACUGUGGAAUCGAAUAGUGAAAUUGAAGGAGAAUAUGUGGAAUUAGCAGAUAUCUCUGUGCAGAGAUUAGGACCUCAGAUGGGUUCCCUUACUCAGUCUAUAGCCUUAAACUUCAAAAGUCACCCAAAAAACACACAAUGGACACAAAAUAAACAGACAGUUGUUGUGAUUGGAGACAGUCAACCAAGCUCCUCGUGGUUAGAAUGCUCAUCAGUAAAUACAACUCCUUGCUCUCUUCUACAGUCUAAUGGCAAUACUUUUAUGGGCCAAAGCUUUAGUCAUAUUACACAUUUUUCAGAAAGAACUUUGGAAUCUAGCUCACCAGAUUAUGUUGGACAUAUGGUGAUUGAGUCUGGCAUACAAGAUUCCAAAUCCUGUGAUCCCCAGGAAUUCCAAUCUUUGAUCUAUUCUGCUUGCAACCAAAUGCAUAGUCUGGAAUGUAAAUGUUUGAUGGAUGAAGAUAUAUCUAUGAUAUCUGCCCAAAUAAAGCUGGACAGUGGUGGAAACAUCUUUACAGAUGCUAUAGAAGAUGUCAGGAGGGCAACAGGUGGUUUACAACAACAACCUGCCACAGACCAUUACAGUGGACAAGAUCUACUAAUUGAGGUCUUGGAAUCUUCCCAGCAAGUGCUUAGUACUGGGGAUAUCGAUCAUAAUGUGCCUUUAAGUUCUUUGAAUAAAAAUAUUUGUCAGUUAGAAAUAACAGAUAGAAAAGAAUCUGAAAAUGUGGUAGGUUCAGAAGAAGCCUUGACUAAAGGAGGGGAAGAUCAAGAUGGAAAAUCUGGCCUUACCAUUCUAUGCUCCUCAGUCAGGGACACAUCUCUGGUUGCAGAGGAACACAGCCAAUGUGCCUCUAUAAACAAUGAACUGGACAUAACUGACACCAGUAUAAUUAAAGAAAAUGCUGAAGGUGUUAUUAUAGAAUCUGUUGUCAGAGACUUUGAGGAUAUCAGGUCGGAGAGAAGACUAUUUCCAGAGACGCUAGUUGAACAGGACCCAAGUAAGGAUGGAAAAAUAUCUUACAUAAAUGACCAUUUACAGAACUGUCUGCCUCAUACGGAACAUUCAGUGUCUGGUUCAGAUAUAGUGCUAAUGCCUUUAGAGACUCUUCAUGAGGAUACAGAAGAACAUCAACGCCUUUGUGAGAAGAGUACAGAGGAACAACUUUCACAUGUUGUGACUGAGACAGAACAGAUCACAUAUGUUGAAAAGAUAGCAGACAAUGCACUACACUCGGUAGCAUCUGUAUCCUAUCAACAAGGUCUCUGUCCUUCAAUCUCAUGGCGAAGUCCAGUUCACCUGCUACCCACUCUGGCCAGAGAUGUCAACCUUGAAGUCCUAGUGAGUGGAAUUGUCUCUCUUCCUGGAACCCGGGACAGAAAUGGACAUGCAGUGGUGAUAAUCAGUACAAGGAACACAGCCUGGCUAAACCCUAAUUGUACAUCUGCAGAGCUGGGGCGCCUAUUCCUGUAUUUCUACAGCAUUCCAAAGAAGCAACGCCGUGCAUUAGGGCUGACUCUGCUUGUGGAUGCGCGCCAAUGCUCUCCGGUUCCUGCCUUGUUUAAAGCCUUUCAUAUCGUGCAGGCUGCUGUACCCAACUGCAUCCAUGGAGUUUUGCUGUUGGUGGAAAAAGAUCUGGUGUUAUCAGGGGAGAAGCUUCACAGAGUGCAGUUUGAUCUUCUGACUUCAACAAAAUUCUUACACAAGCACAUCGAGAAACCCCUUCUCCCACUGGAGUUUGAUGGAUCAUUGCCGUACUGCCAUAAAGACUGGCUAGCGUUUCAAAUGAAGUGGGAGCACCUGCAGGAGGCUUGUCACAAUGCCUACAACUUUCUCCAGAACGCAAUCAGGAGUCUGCACAUCAGCUCGCUGCCAGAAAAGGCAGAGGAAGCUAGUAAUCUCCUGAUGAGAUUCGGGCAGCUGAUGAAGACUGUACUGGAGGACAAAUGACUGGUGAGACUGCAGACAGAGGGAGGCAAUAUCCUAGCUAGACUGAGGAAGGAAGAGUCUUGUGUGACCCUGACGGAGGACUAUAGGGAAGCAGUGGACAUGGCAGCUGAGCUAUAUAAUCGUGUGGUUGAGGGUGUGCACAGUCUUGUCAAGUUGUCUAAUAAACGCAUACAAGAAAUGGAACUGGUCAUCGAGUUUGAUGCCUUUGAAGAACAAUUUUGUGAGGUUGGCAGCUGGAUAGAGAAUGUUGGUGAGCGGUUACUGAGGGAGUGCGCUGUUCUGGAGGAUUCCCUGGAAGUUCUUCUCCAAACACAGUGACGUUUCCAGGAAUUUUAUGUUGUGGCACUUGAAUACUGCAGGAGGGCUCAGGAGAUGAUGCAGAUCUCAGAAAAGUGUCAAAGCCUAUUGUCCCCUGAGAUUCAAAAGUACAGAGUGAAGCUGCAGAGGUGCAAGGACAAACUGAGAGAUUUCUCGUGGAGGCUGGAAGAAGCCCGCACCAGGGUUGAGAAAACUGUGGUGUUGUAUCAGUUUUUUGACAAGGCUUACGAAUGGGCUUUGGAGGGAAUGCGUCACCUUGCCUCUAUUACCUUGAAUGACUGUAAUUCCCCAGACCUUUGUGUAGCUGCCAUUGAGAGCUUGGAAUGUUACAAAGCUCAGCACCCAGAGAUUGAUGAACAGAAGUUUGAAGAGAUGAGAGAAUUAGCUUGUGAACUGCAAAAUGAAAGAGCUACUAAGCAGUGGAAGUUUGCAUGGUCCAAGUGCCAGGAGGCCCGGCAAGUGUUUGAGAAGAAACUGGAGGCAGCUUUGUGGGUGAAAAGCAGGGACAGUAAACUUGGAAAGGUACUUGAGAACAGAUCAGAGCUGGUGGGGUCUCACUACAGGCCCUGCAGUCCCCGGCAGCCCUUGCCAUUGGACUGGUCAUCAGAACGCCUUCUCAGUGAGAAGAGAAGCAGCAUCUCAUCUGACGGAAGGACACGCAGCAGUAAAUUCCGACAUAUCAUUGAUGAGAUGGUAACAACAGAAAGGGAGUAUGUUCGCUCCUUAUGGUAUAUAACAGAGAACUACUUUCCAGAGAUGGAGAGAUUGGACCUGCCUCAAGACCUAUGUGGCAAGCGUGGUAUCAUAUUCGGGAACCUAGAGAAACUGCGUGAUUUUCACAGCCAGUACUUCCUCAGAGAGCUGGAGAGCUGCUGUAACCACCCCCUGCGAGUCACCCAUUGCUUCCUCAGACAUAAAGACCAAUUUAGAAUGUACGCUCUGUACAACAAGAACAAACCCAGAUCAGAUCUUCUGCUUGCUAGCCACGGGAAUAUAUUUUUUAAGAAUAAGCAGUGUCAGCUUGGAGACAAGAUGGAUUUAGCUUCGUAUCUCCUGAAACCAAUACAGAGGAUGAGCAAAUACGCCCUGCUGCUGAAGGACCUUAUCAAGGAAUGCGGAGAGGCUCAGGAACAGGAACUUGCCUACCUGAGAGCAGCUGAGGAGAUGGUCAAGUUCCAGCUUCACCAUGGCAACGAUCUGCUGGCAAUGGAUGCCAUCCGUGAUUGUGAUGUGAAUCUGAAGGAGCAAGGACAGCUUGUUAGGCAAGACGAGUUUAUAGUAUGGCUGGGCCGUAAGAAGUGCCAGAGACAUAUCUUUUUGUUUGAGGAUCUUAUCUUAUUCAGCAAGCCUAAGAGAAUUGAGGGUGGACUUGCUUACUAUAUCUACAAGCAUUCCUAUAAAACAGCAGACAUCGGGUUGGCUGAAAGUUCUGGAGACAGCAGAUUGUGUUUUGAAAUUUGGUUUAGAAGGCGCAAAUCUAAUGACACUUACAUUAUUCAGGCAGCUGGCCCUGAGACUAAGCAGGCAUGGACCAGUGACAUUGCUAAAAUCCUAUGGCAGCAGGCUACCAGGAAUAAAGAGAUUCACAUGAAGGAGAUGGUAUCCAUGGGGGUUGGUAAUAAGCCGUUCUUGGACAUAAAGCCAAGUGAUGCAGCAAUCAACAACAGAGCUAUUGAUUACAUCAUGAAAGGGAGAGGUGCAAGGACCAGAGCAUCGAUUGCAGUGUCCUUGUUUGACCACUUCGAUCCUUACAAGAGGACCCAAGCGCCUAUUACCUGUAGCUCUGUACACUCCACACGUGGCCCUUCCUCUGCCUCACUGCUGGGACCACUUAAUCUGCAUAUGUAUGUUAACCAAACUGUCCUGCCAGGAAUGUUGUCCCACAACCGACCAUUUGAGACCAGCAGUUGCCUUGAAGAGGAUGAGCUUGAGAAUGAGACUAGCAGCAGCCAACCCUCCAUGACAACAGAGAGUACUGAAUCCUCACAAUGCAUGUCUGGUGCUGGGUCCAGUGGCUCUGAUAGUGGAUGUGUGUCCUAUAAUCCCCAGGAAAACGUAUCUGAAUAUGCUGGUUCUCCUUGUGAUGGUUCUACAGCAUAUGCUCUUCAAGGACACAGGAACAGCUCCAGCAUAAUAUCUCCUAUUGCAGAAAAACCAAGAUUUAUCAACAAGCCGUAUAUUUCUGCAAAUACACGCAACGUUUCCUUAAGUCCUUCCACCAUUGUUUGAGCUUUUCCUAACUUGUAUGCUUCAGUUUGAACAAGUCUCUACUGUAAUCUGAUAAGUACAUAGAAUCGCAUGGAGAAGAAAACAUAAAAUUGACUCACCGCUUCACUAGAUACAUUUGCACCUCCUGCUUUCUA